AUGAGCAGUGGGACGACGUCUGAGGACACCUUCGAGUGGAUCGAGACGCCGCCGGCGCGCACCCCGACCAAGCCCGACUUCGACUGUGGUGUGAAGACAACUUCUUACCCGGCCAUUGCCAACGCUCCCCUUCCCGCAGACAGCAAUGGACGUGACCACUUCUCGAACACGGCCCUGAUCUCUGCUCUUGUUGGCGUCCCUGGCUACAUCACAUGGAAGCUCGGUGGAGGCCUCAAGACGUGGAUCUUCUUCGCUCUUAUUGUCGACCUACCCAUCCUCGCCGCCUUCUGGAUCGUCACCUCCGAGUACGCUCCCCGUAAGAACGAGAAGGCCAAGUUCCCGGGCAAGCCCAUUGAGACCUACCUCGAGUUCCACAAGAGCGAAGACCGCGACGCCUACCAUGGCAAGAAGAUCCCCAUGGAGACUUUCUACGAGAAGUACUUCGAUGGCGAUGUCGAUUUCAAGGGCGACUGUCUAGAGGUUAUGGAAUUGCGCCACGAUUGGGCCAAUUUCCGCUUCACGUUCGGCCUGAUCAAGCACUUCUUGUUCGGCAUGAUCCCUGAAAUGAUUAUGCACACGAGGUCUCAAGACGAGGAGCAGGUCCGAGACCACUACGACCGCGGAGACGACUUCUACGGCUGGUUCCUCGGCCCACGCAUGAUCUACACGUCCGGUAUCAUCUCCGACAUCCAUCGCGAGGAGACCCUCGAGGAACUCCAGGAUAACAAAUUGGCAAUCGUCUGCGAGAAGAUCGGUCUGCAGAAGGGCGAGAAGAUGCUCGACAUCGGCUGCGGUUGGGGUACCCUGGCUAGAUUCGCAUCUGUACACUACGGCGGCCAUGUUACCGGUGUCACACUUGGUCGCAACCAGACAAAGUGGGGCAACAACGGUCUGAGGAAAAACGGCAUCGGCGAGGACCAAUCCAACAUUCUGUGCAUGGAUUACCGUGAUAUUCCCGUCCCUUCCGGCGGCUACAAGAAGAUCACCUGUCUGGAGAUGGCUGAGCACGUUGGUGUCCGCCAUUUCUCCGGCUUCUGUUCCCAGGUCAAGGACAUGCUCGACGAUGACGGUGUCUUCUUCCUCCAGAUUGCUGGUCUCCGCAAGGAGUGGCAGUUUGAGGACUUUACUUGGGGCCUCUUCAUGAACAAGUACGUCUUCCCUGGAGCUGAUGCCUCGACUCCUCUUGGCUGGGUUGUCGACAAGCUCGAAGGCGCCGGUUUCGAAGUCAAGCAGAUUGACACCGUCGGUGUACACUACUCUGCUACUCUCUGGAAAUGGUACCGCAACUGGAUCGGCAACAAGGAGAAGGUCACCGCCAAGUACGGCAAGCGCUGGUUCCGCAUCUGGGAGUUCUUCCUGGCUUACUCGACCAUUGCAUCCCGUCAGGGUACGGCUACCUGCUUCCAGAUUACGCUUGUCAAGAACAUCAACUCUACCCACCGUGUUGAGGGUAUCAAUACCCAAUUUGCCCUCUCUGCUGCGCUCGAAGCCAGCAAGGCCAAGGGCAUUAAGGGAUUGUAA